AUGAUUGAACUAACUCAGAUCAGCUGUUCUGGAACCGGAUACCCAGAGUUUCCCAUCUCAGGUUUUUCCCUUCGGCCCUUCUUGGUGGGAGAGGUCUUGCAGGAAUUAACCUCACUGGACCCCAAAAAACCAGCUGGGUCUGAUGAGCUUGCUGCAUUCUUUAUCAAGAUUGCUGCCCCCAUCAUUGCAACUCCCUUGACAGACAUCUUUAACCUCUCCCUCCAGACGGCCGAGAUUCCAUCCGAUUGGAAAGAAGCAACUGUAACUCCUCUGUUUAAGGGUGUAUCCAAGGGUGUCCCCCAAGGCUCCAUACUCGGUCCUACACUGUUCUCCAUAUACAUUAACAACAUACCUCUGUCUUCUGGUAACUCACUUAUUCACCUAUAUGCUGAUGACACAAUCCUCUACGCCACUGGUCCUUCCCCCAACACUGUAAUCAAAACACUUCAAGAUAGCUUCCUCCACAUCCAACAGGCUUUCACUCACCUUAAACUGUCUCUAAACACCUCAAAAACCAAGGUCAUGUGGUUCUGUCGUAAGGGUGCUAAACCCCCCCCCGUCCUCAAUAUCACCACCAGCGAGGGUACUUCCCUGGACCAGGUCACGGUCUAUAAGUACUUGGGCAUUUGGUUAGACAGCACACUAUCCUUUUCCAACCACAUCUCAAACAUCCAAUCCAGAGUAAAGGCCAAACUCGGGUUCCUCUACAGAAACCGUUUCACCUUCACCUCCUCUGCCAAACUCACCCUCAUCAAAAUGACAAUUCUCCCCAUGAUUGAUUAUGGUGACAUCAUAUACAGGUCUGCAUGCAAAGAUGGUCAGCAGCGGUCGCUCUGGGAGGACGGCGGGCCGGUGGAGGUGACGGCGGCGGCGGUGGACCGGGACGUGCAAAUCCUGAACCACGUCCUGGACGACAUCGAGUUCUUCGUCACCAAACUGCAGAAAGCUGCCGAGGCCUUCAACGAGCUCGCCAAGAGGAAGAAGGUCAAGAAGGGCAAGAAGAAAGGUCCGGGGGAGGGCGUCCUGACGCUGCGCUCCAAACCUCCCACUGAGGACGAGCUGGUCGUCUGUCUGCAGAAGUUCAAACACGCCUUCAACCAGCUGGGGAAACUGAAGGAUCUCAUCCAGAACCCGAGUGCUGACGAGCUGCUCCACUUCCUGUUCUCUCCGCUCCGGAUGGUGGUCCAGGCGGCGGGCGGCGUGGACCUGGCUCGUAGCGUGGUCGUCCCUCUGCUGACCAGAGACGCCAUCGACUUCCUGCACGCCGCGGGGACGGCCGAGGAGAGACACCUGUGGGUCGCCCUGGGAGACGGGUGGACCAAAUGCAGGUUGGAGUGGCCCAAGGAUCACUACUUCCCCCCCUGUGUGCUGACGUUCAGGGACGGCUGGGAGCCUCCGGGGCCCCCGGGGCCCUCGGGGCCCUCGGGGCCCCCAGGGGCCACCAUGUCCAGAGAGCAGGAGCUGAGCCAGCUGAUGGAGAGUCUGUCCAACGCCGACCUGCAGAGACACGACGAGCUACGCAGCAGACUGGAGCAGCAGCAGCAGCAGCACCUCCUCCCUGCUCCUCCUGCAGACGGGUACGCCUCCUUCAGCUCCUCCUACAAACACCUCCAGCUGCUGGAUCAGGAAACGGCCGUGGCGGCUUUCAAACACGCCGUCAGCCGCCACCGGGACCGGAGUUUUGAUGCCGACAGAGUUGAACAGAAACUUUUUGCCAAAUCUAAAUACGACUUUGUAGCGAGGAACAACACGGAGCUGUCGCUGGUCAAAGACGAGCUCGUCCAGGUUAUGGACGACAGGAAGCAGUGGUGGAAGGUCCGUAAUGGCUGCGGGGCGUCCGGCUACGUGCCAAACAACAUCCUGGAGAUCACCAAAGCGGUGGACGUGACGGGCCGAGGGGAGCCCAUCUACAGCCACACCAUCCAGAAGCAGACCACCAGGACCGACUACGUCUCCAGUAAACCGCUGGCUGCAGCCACGCCCCCGCCCCCCACGCCGCCCCCCCCGGCCCCCGCCGCCCGCCUGCCCACGCCGCCGCUGCCCCCCCCCGCCACCGCCACCGCCACCAUGGAGCCCGCCAAGCCGCCCGGCGCCGCCGUCGGCCGCCAUGACAGCAGCACGUCCAGCGACAGCGUGGCGCUGAGGGAGAGCAGCCAGAGAGCCCCGCCCACCAGCCGCAGGAAGUCCAACAUGGAGGAGGUUCAGGACGAGCUGAUGACGCGCCUGACGCUCGGCCGCAGCGCCAACAAGAAGCUGCAGGCGGCGACUCGUAGCAGCAGCCUGCCGGCCAACAGCAUCACCUACGACUCGUCCCCCGACCACGUCAGGGCGUGGCUCGAGGCCAAGGGCUUCAGCCCCGUCACCAUCACCAGCCUCGGCGUCCUGACCGGAGCGCAGCUGUUUUCUCUCAACAAGGAGGAGCUGAAGACGGUUUGUCCCGACGACGGCGCCCGAGUCUUCAGCCAAGUCACCGUGCAGAAGGCGGCGCUGGAGAAGAGUUCAGGCUCUGAGCUCCAGGAGAUCAUGAGGAGGCGGCAGGAGAAACUGGCAGCCAGCACCGCAGACUCAGGAGUAGAGUCCUUCGAUGAGGGCAGCAACCACUGAACUCCUCCUCUCCUCCUCCUCCUGCUCCUCCUCCUCCUCACCUCCUCCUCCUCUUUAUUUCUUGUCUUUCUCCUCCUGCUCCUCUCCUCCUCUCUCCUCAGGCGGAGGCUGAUCGUGCUCAGUUUGUGGAGAUCAUGAGGAGGCGCCAGGAGCGUCUCGUCUCGUCUCCGUAGCGACGAGCAUCUCGUCUCCGUAGCGACGAGCAUCUCGUCUCCGUAGCGACGAGCGCCUCAGAGAGAAACUCUGCCAUGUUUGCCUGAAGUUCACCUGAACACUUCUGAGACUGUGGAGCAGCUGAGAAGCCUCACAGUGUUAAUAAUAAUAAUAAUAAUAAUAAUAAUAAUAAUAAUAUUUAUGUUGACAGCUGCAGUUUGUUCCGCUCGUCGUCCUGCAGACAUGAAACUCGAUUGAGGAACAAGUCACUUGUUCCAGUUGCUCCAGCUGCUGACGUCAACAUGUCUACCAUUUAAAUCAGAAUCUUUUGUGAUUCGUUGUUUAACAUUUAAAAUAUAAUUUUCCCGAGAAAACGAUUCACUUUCACUCAUGUCGAGAUAAAAACACGAUAUAAAAUGAUUAGACCCAGUAUCUUCUUACUUCAAAAUAUUAUUUCACAGGAACAACACACGUAAUAUUCUACUCUAUGGAAGAUGCUGCGUGAAAUAAAACGCACCGAGUGCAGUGCAGAAACGCGCCGAGUGCAGGGUAGAAACGCACCGAGUGCAGGAGAAUAGAAACGCACCGAGUGCAGGAGAAUAGAAACGCACCGAGUGCAGGAGAAUAGAAACGCGCCGAGUGCAGGAUAGAAACGCGCCGAGUGCAGGAUAGAAAGGUGCAGCAUCUUGCAUAGAGUCCUAUGACUGUUAUUUUUUCGACUACAAGACACUGAGUGAUAUUUUGUAUUUGACACAUAAUAUCUCUGUCCCUCAAGAUAAAAAGAGAUAUUUAAAGAUGAUACUUUUGUGAAAGAUAUUAUACGUAAAAAAGUGCAUAAAGAGUAUUAUUACAUUACUUUGGAUGCAAAAUAUUACAUAAUACCUCGUUUCCACAAGAUAUUAUGAAAUAUUUUUGAAAAAUCUCAUUCUCACGAGGUAAUACUUGUGUGCAAAUUUUGAAACAGUAUCUUGUUCCCCCGAGAUACUUUGUGUUAAAUAUUACACAUAACUUGUCCCCACGAGAUAACUCUCUGCAUGCAGAAUAUUUGUAAUAAUCUCGUUCCCAGGAGAUAUUACUCUAAACUCGCAUAAAGAGUAUUAUCUCCUGGGAACAAGAUAUUACUUUGCAGGCAAAAUAUUACGUAAUAUCUCGUUUCCACAAGAUAACACGGAAUAUUUUUAAUAAUCUCGUUCCAACAAGAGAUAUUUCUUUGCGUGCAAAUUUUUAAAUCGUAUCUUCUUCUCCAGAGAUACUUUGUGUUAAGAAUAUUACACAUAAUACGUAUACUUUACACACAAAAUACUACACAUAACAUGUUCCCGUGAGAUUAUACUCUUUAUGCAAGAUAUUACACGUCGAUAUUACUUUGAGUGCAAAUUUUCAAAAUAAUAUCUUGUUCCAUCGAGAUACUCUGCAUGCAAAAUAUCUUUUUGGAACAAGAUAUUAUGUAAUAUUGUGAAUAAUCUCGUUCCUAUGAGAUAAUAUUUUGCGUGGGAGAUUCUACAUGUAUGAUCUUGUGAGACUUUUCGGAGCAACUUUAACGUCUUUAAGGAUUUAAAAUCUGAGGAAAGUUUCUGUGACGACGACGGAACAAAGUGCAGUGAGUCGCUGAUUUAUUGUUUAUUCAUCAGGAGAAUCUGUAGUUUGAUUAUUAAAACUGUUUGUUUCAAAUGUUUGGGCCAAGAGAACGAGAUAUUCAUAGUGUGUAACGUUAAAUAUUUAAUUUAUAAUAAUAAUAAUAGGAGUGAUGGACUGAAAUGCACAGUAACUUUAUAAUGAUCAUGUGAUUUAGAGUCAUUUCAGACAGUUUUUUGCACAAUAAAUAUUAAAAAUGUUGAAAUGUUUCUGUGCUGAGCCGAAAAUCAAACCUGUGAACCCGUCCAGACGCUGUUUUUUUUUUAAUUUUCUAUGUCUGUAAAAAGUUUUCUUCCAAACUCUGAAGUGCUGACUCAGCGUUUCCUCUGCUGACUCAGCGUUUCCUCUGCUGACUCAGCGUUUCCUGGUCUUUAGAGGUUUGGGUGUUUCAGCCUCUGAGCGGCUCGAGGAAACGAUGAAACGGUUAAAUCAGCGAGUCUCAGACUCUGAAAUCCUCUCAUAGACCUCUACGGGUCCACUCGAGGCGCUGCCGAGUCAGCACUGAAAAUCUCGUCUCAGUUCACAACAAAACUUUGUUUGUUUCACCCUAAAAAUAAAAAAACAACAACAAUGAACUGAAACUCAUCAUGUCGAGGUAAAUGGCCAAAAACACGUCAUUUAAAAUUAUUAGUAAAAAAAAAAAAAAAAACUGAAAAUGUAGAAUAUAUAUAUACAUUUUUAUUUAUAAAAUCAUUUUAUCAUGAUGGCACAGACUGGCUGUUUGACCACAUUGUAAAAAAUAAAAUAAAAUUGCAAAAAAAACAAAAACAGUUUCCAAACAACCAUAAGUUAUUUUACAGAUAAUAUUCAGUUCAUAUCUGUAUGUAGAAUAAAUCUUUUUUUUUUUUUACUUUAAUAUGACGAGAAGUUUGGAACUUUUUACUGUUUGAUUUUCACAAAUUAUUCUAAAAAUAAUUUUGUUUUGUUAAUUUUACAUUCAGUCAUGUGAUGAGUAUUUAUACAUAGAAUUCACUGUAAUUAAGUAGUUAAAUAAUACUGUAAAAAAUCUAUAAUGUCAUAAUAAUUUACAGAUUUCAGCUUUUAUUUUAUGGUUAAUAAUUGUAAUAAAAUUUGUUUGUUUUUUAUUGCAUUUGCACUUCAUGUAGAAAAAACAAGAAAACCCUGAAAAAUGUUCAGUAAAUUUAUGGAUUUAUUUUAAUUUUUUUACAGUGUUCUCAUCCUGCACCGACCGUUUCCUCAAAAUGCAGUUUUAAGAAGAAAAAAGUUCAUUUAAGUGGUCAAAAAACCUGGAAAUCUGAAAUAAAAGUCCCCUGAAAUAAAUCCAUGUAUAAAUAAAUGUAAAUAUUAAUAUAUAAAUCAGUCAGCAGAGUUCUAUUAGUGGUUUUGUUCUUUUUAAUUCUGAAUAAAGAACAUUUUUAUUUAUUUCAGGGGACAGUAAAAGCUGCAGGAGGAACUUUUUAUCACCAGAUUCUCUCUAAUAACUCUAAUAACGUCCAUGUGAUCCUGUAACUCUGAGCUGCUUCCUGUUCUCCAGGACACCAAACCGCCCGUUAGUUCUGUGAAUUCUCAGAGAGACAAAGAGGACGAGACUCCACUUGUGAUUCUGAACUCUGUUUAUUAUCCGUCUCAUUAAUAUUCCUGCUCGUUUCAUUCCCAGUCUGGAGAAGCAGAGUCCAGACCACGUCACUAACAACAACAACCCUGAUGUUCUGUCGGCUCAUAUUAGUGUUUUUCUGGGUGGAGUCUGGUUUAGACCGUGAUGUGUGCUGCUGUAGCUGAUUUUAUCCACCUUAACAACAUCUAUAGAGAAUAUUUUCACCACUUUACCUUCCUGUCUGGCAGUCUGUAACUCGGGGAACGAACAAGAACUUCUGUCGGCUAAAAUUAACACUUUCUCAGUGGAGUCUGGUGGCUUUUUUCUUUUUUUGUUCAUUUCACAUAUUUUUUUGUAAAUUUUACGGAUUUUUGGGUUGUUUCACGUCUUGUAUUGGGGAUUUUGUGUCUUUUUGGUCAUUUUACGUCUUUUUUGUCACUUUACGUCUUUUUUGGUAAUUUUACAUUUUUUUGGUUAUUUUCCGUUUUUGGUCACUUUACGUCUAUUUUGUCAUUUUACGUCUUUUUUGUCACUUUACGUCUUUUUUGUCAUUUUACGUAUUUUUGUCACUUUACGUCAUUUUUGUCAUUUUACGUCUUUUUUGGUCAUUUUACGUAUUUUGGUCAUUUUACGUCCUUUUUUGUCAUUUUACGUCUUUUUUGUCAUUUUACGUCUUUUUUUGUCAUUUUACGUCUUUUUGGUUAUUUUACGUUUUUGGUCACUUUGUCUUUUUUGUCAUUUUACGUCUUUUUUGUCAUUUUACGUCUUUUUUUGUCAUUUUACGUCUUUUCGGUUAUUUUACGUAUUUGUCAUUUUACGUCAUUUUUGUCAUUUUACGUCUUUUUUGUUCAUUGUACGUAUGCUGUCAGUCUCUUUCUGAGGGGAACUGAAGUUAUCUCUGAUCUCUUUAAAGCCACCAGACUCCUCAAUCAGUUAUUUUAUUAAUUAAUUAAUUCCAAAUCCGGUAAAAUCACCAAAGUUACACUAACAACAACUCUUAUGUUCUGUCGGCUAAAAAAUAACACUUUUUGUCAGUGGAUUCCGGUGGCUUUUUUUGUUAAUUUUAGAUAUUUUUUGUUAAUUUUACGUAUUUUUGGGGUUGUUUCUCAUCUUGUUUUGUUAAUUUUGUGUCUUAUGGUCACAUUAGGUCUUUUGGUACGUUGCCGUCAGACUCUUUUGGCAGGACCUGAAGCUUCACAGCCACCAGACUCCAUUGAUAAAAACACAGAUUUAACCUGUCGGAGCGCUCCGUCUCUUUGUUCCUGGUGACUUGGUGACUUGAAUCAGUUCGUUCUGGUCACAAACUGCCAAACUGUUUUCAUCUGAAUCUGAGAAUUUACGUCUGACUCCCGGUCUGUUUGUCAAAUGUUAGAAAUAAGCACAAAAACAAUAGAUCUAUCCCGGGAGUGCUGGUUCUGGUCCUGGUUCUAGUUCUGGUCCUGGUUCUAGUUCUGGUUCUGGUUCUGGUCCUAGUCCUGGUCCUGGUUCUAGUCCUGGUCCUGGUUCUGGUUCUAGUCCUGGUCCUGGUUCUAGUCCUGGUCCUGGUCUGACAGGUGUGAAUGUUCCUGACUGGCUGAUUGUAUUGAUUUGGUCCUGGUUCUGGUUCUAGUCCUGGUCCUGGUUCUAGCCCUGGUCCUGGUUCUAGUCCUGGUCCUGGUCCUGGUUCUAGUCCUGGUUCUAGUCCUGGUUCUAGUCCUGGUCCUGGUUAUAGCCCUGGUCUGACAGGUGUGAAUGUUCCUGACUGGCUGAUUGUAUUGAUCUGGUCCUGGUUCUGGUUCUAGUCCUGGUCCUGGUGCUAGUCCUGGUCCUGGUCCUGUUCCUGACUGGCUGAUUGUAUUGAUCUGGUCCUGGUCCUGAUCCUGGUCUGGCUGAUUGUAUUGAUCUGGUUCCUGCUGGGAUGAAGAACCUUUCUGACUCUGAUGUUUAUUGAUCAGAGUCUCAUGUUUCUGUCUGUAGUUUUUGGUGCCUUUUCCAUAAAAAUCUGCUCAUUCUGCAAUAAAAUAUGAAUAAAAAUCA